GUUAUGCAUCUGUAAGAUUCUUAAAUUCUUGCCCCAGAAGUAUCAGUGGAAGCUGUCAAGAUAAUAAUUUUUGGAAGCUUGAGUUUGUUCGUAGAGUCGGCGAAAUUACCAGUAGGUUUUGCGUUGUAAGCUGGCAAACCUCAACAUGGACGAGGCUUUGGGACUUGCCGAAUUCUGUCGACAACUUCCGAAAGUGGAGCUCCAUGCCCACCUGAGCGGCUCAGUCAGCGAGACAACCAUACAGAAGCUACAGGUGAAGAAGGGCGUCGGCCAUGACCACGCCCAUCAGGGGGACAUUGCCAUCGGGAAGGGCGAGACCAGACAUCUUGAGGAGCCUUUCAGAAUCUUUAAGAUCAUCCAAGAUCUGUCUGACACCGAGGAGGCAAUCUUCACGAUGACUGAGGAUGUGAUAUCAGAAUUUGCUGCUGAUGGAGUCAGAUAUCUGGAACUCAGGAGUACACCAAGACACGUGCCUCACACAGGCAUGACCCCCAGCACAUACGUGGAGUCCAUCCUGUCUGCCAUACAGACCUGUAAGGACAGGGAGGAUGUGGUCGUCAGACUGCUGCUAGCAAUCGACCGUCGGCAGUCCGUGGAGACGGCCACGACCACUGUCCGACUGGCGCAGGAGUACGUGCUGAGGUCAGAUGGGGUCGUGGUGGGCAUCGACCUCAGCGGUAACCCUGCGGUGGGGGAUGGGAGGGAUUUCAUCCCUGUUCUAAAAGAGGCUCAGAACUCUGGACUCAAAUUAGCUCUUCACAUCGCAGAGAUCUCCCAGCAGGCCACAUCCCCAGAGACUGCUGCGCUGCUGUCCCUCCCCCCGGACAGGGUCGGACAUGGAACCUUCAUACACCACAACCAGGACCUCGCAGAUAUGGUGGUCGACAAGAACAUACCUUUUGAAAUCUGCCUAACGUCCAACGUGAAGGCACAGACUGUGGCAUCAUAUAGUGAUCACCACUUCCAACACUGGUACAGCAAGAAGCAUCCAUGUGUUUUAUGUACAGAUGACAAGGGAGUUUUCUGCACCACGUUAUCGGAGGAGUACCGCCACGCUGCGGAGACGUUCCAGCUGACCCGACCCGACCUCUGGGACCUGUCGUACCACAGUAUAGACCACACGUUUGGAGGGGAGGAUCUGAAACAGCAACUCAGGGACAAGUGGAACACUGAGAAGGAGAAACUGUUCCAGACUACAUGAUUGAUCUUAAUAAGACCAUGUUGAUUUGAUUAAAUGAUUGAAAUUUAUACAUCAUCUAUUUUCAAUAAGAAGUCUAAGCAAACUUAGUACUUAUUGCAGAAUCGAAAAGAUACCUGUCUUGAAAAUAACCUUUUAACCAUUCAAAACAAAUCUUUUAGAAAUAUCAUUACGAAACUAAGAAUUAGUGCCCACUCCCUACAAAUCGAAAA